AUGUUAAGCCCGUGCGAUAGCGAUUCCCUCCAACACUACGCAGAUUUUAACGACUUGGCCAGAAAAGAGAAGCUGGAUAAGAACUUCACCGACUGGAAUGUGCUUUUUGCUCGAAGAGACCCAGUAGAACGACUAGUCGAUCACUUUAUGGACACGUGUGUUAGGUACUACUGCAGCGGUUUCAGAUGAAAACUUAUCGAAAAGUUGCAGAGAAGCGCGGCCAUGUUUCGACUGCCGGUUGGAUCUCAAGUGUUAUUUGACAAUUAUUCACAGUGUCAUUAAGGACUUGGCCAAAAAUAUAAAACUGGUGACGGAGGAUCACUUGAAAUACGUGCCACAGAAUUGGUAAAGCUAGAUAUUUUGAUCUGAGCGAAAAUGUUUUUUGAAGGUACUGCCAGAUGGAAACUAUGUCUCAAAGGUUGACUUUUGUGGAUUACAAUCUUUUUGCGAACCCGACCAACCCGGAAUACGCGGAUGCGAAGGUUUCCAGGCAAAUUUUUCGAAAAAACGGGCAGAACUUUCAGAGACCGGACAAAUGGCACCCCGAGGAUAUUUUCGAUGAUCCGCUCUCUUCUCACGAGAAAAUCCACCGAUACUACAUAACUUUUAUCCAUUCUCGACCCGACGUUCUCGACUUGGUAAAGAAAAUAUACUACUGGGACUUUCUGCUGCUCAAAAUGCCACUUCCGGAGCUCAAAGUGGCCGAAACGAAGGAUUUCAAGGACGGAUGGCACUGA